AUGGCACUUCAGCUCCCUGCAGGUCCUUUGUGCCCGUGCCACAAGGUCCAGGUCCCCUGCGCUCUGGGGCAGGCCGAGGAGAGCAGCCGGCAGGGACGGAGGCUCAUGGGGGCGGUGGCAGAACUGAGGAAGGGGUAUCAGGGCCACACACCCACAUCUGGCAAAGAGCGAGUGCGUGGGAGCUGGGACUCCGUGGACCAGGCGCCCAGGCCGGGCUGGCAGCCCCGCAGCGCGGCCGCCCCCACAGCCUCACGGCUCUGGCGCCCGGGAGCGAAGGGCGCGGCAGGGCAGGGGCUGGGGGGUGGGGGAGGCGGUGGGCUGGGGACGGGCCGCGGCCGCGGAGGGGCCGGGAGGCCCGGGCGGGGGGCGUGGGCGGUGGCGACGGAAGGCGGCUCUAUCCCGGGCGGGCGGCCCGCCCCUCGCCAUGUAUGGCGCUUCCUCCGGGACCCUACAUGGCGCUUCCUCCCUGCCCGAGGCCCAUACAAGGCGCUUCCUUCCCGCGCGCCUGGCAGACGGCCCGCGGGCUGCUGUGGGCGGGAGCCGGCGGCCGGGGACCCGCCGCCAAGGAGGGGGCGGCCGGCGGCCCUGGGAACGCGCGGCCCGGGCGCUCCUGCCCCGGCCUUACUGCCUCUCCUCCUGGGUAUCGCGCGUUGGCCUCGGGUACCUCCCGCCCCCUGCUGUGCCUCGGUCCUUCCUGCCUUUCCUCAAACUGGCUUCUCUCCCGGAGUACCCGUCCACGCCGAUCUGGCACAACUGCUACUCACCCCUUACGCGACCAGACGUCUGGCCGGCCGGGCAGUCUUCCCACCCCCACCCGCAGGCCUGCCGUGCGCCGACCACAGCGUUCGUGUAUUGAGACUGCGGUGCCGUCUUACCCAUCUUUGCAUUCCUGUGCCUCGCUCGGAACCAGCAAGCCCCCACAGGCCCUCUCUGCAGCGCCUCCAGGGACUUAAACCUGGUCCAGCCACGUGGUUACCCUGCUCUGUGCCAAGAGAUGAACAAAGGUCAGAGAGAGAGAGACCAGACUUCAGCGGAGCCUACCCGGCAGCAGCUCUGGAAACCCGCUCCUCAGCUCUUCCAGAGGCAACUGCCAUCAGGGUGCAGUCCUUCCGUUGGACCAGUCUUAAUUGUUCUGCCUCAGUGAGGCAGGGAAAGCAAAGCUCAGAGCUUGAAACCAAGUCUGGAAUAUGCCAGGACAAGCCUUCUUUGGCCAGGGGCAGCAACCAUCUUCACGGGGCAACAAGUGAUCUUGCCAAAAAGGACAACUAACCCCUCCCUACCAAGACUGGGUUGGGUACGACUUUUGUUUCCCCAUCUGUCCAAUUCUAUACCCGGUGCCCUCUACCUUUCCCAUCAAAACAUCUAUUCUUUGCUUGAUUGGGUUCCCCAUUUGCCUGGCACAAUAAACAAGUACUGAAUGAA